UGGACGCCAGUUUCAUCAGCUUGCACACUGACACAGACAGCAGCGCUGGAGAGAGAUUAGGAGCUCCCAGCAACCACAGUAGGGGUAUGUCACUGAUGGAGCUGAGAUGUCCGUGGUGUGUUCUGGUUCUGAGUAGCCUCCUCCAGACUCUCUCAGCCCACGAUGACUUCUUCACGUCCAUAGGCCACAUGACCGAUCUCUUGUACACUGAAAAGGACCUGGUCACCUCAUUGAAGGACUACAUCAGAGCAGAGGAGAACAAGCUGGAGCAGGUCAAACGUUGGGCUGAGAAGCUGGACUCUCUGACCACCACGGCCACCCUGGACCCCGAGGGCUUCCUGGGGCACCCGGUCAACGCCUUCAAGCUGAUGAAGAGACUGAACACUGAGUGGGGCGACCUUGAGAACCUGGUGCUCCAGGACACAUCGGAUGGGUUCAUCUCUAACCUGACCCUCCAGAGACAGCACUUCCCCACAGACGAGGACCAGACCGGGGCUGCCAAAGCCCUGCUCAGACUGCAGGACACCUACAGGCUGGACGCCAACACCAUCUCCACUGGAGACCUGCCUGGUGUAACCGCUCAGAGCCCCAUGACAGUGGAGGACUGUUUUGAGUUGGGGGACAUUGCCUACAAAGAGGGAGACUACUACCACACAGAGUUAUGGAUGGCUCAGGCCCUCAAACAGCAGGACCAGGGCGAGGAGUCGCCCAUAGACAAGGUCCUGGUGCUGGACUAUCUCAGCUACUCUGUCUACCAGCAGGGGGAGCUGGAGAGAGGUCUGGAGCUCACCAAGAGACUUCUUUCUCUAGACCCAGAGCAUCUGAGCGCCAACGAUGACGUGGACUACUUUGAGUUCCAGCUGGAGAAACAGAGGAAGGCAUCCGCUGACAAGCCCCCGAAACAGGACAAGAAACAGGGAAGGAACAAGACUGAAGGAGCCCUCAGGAAGAAGCGCUUCAGAGAGCCCCUCCCUGAAUUGAAGACGUACGAGAAACUGUGUCGAGGGGAGGGCAUCAGAAUGACACCCCGCAGGCAAAGCCACCUGUUCUGCCGUUACUACGACAACCACCGUAACCCCAGGUACCUUCUCGGCCCGGUGAAGCAGGAGGACGAGUGGGACCGCCCCUACAUCGUCCGUUACCAUGACAUCAUCUCCCACAGCGAGAUCGAGAAGGUCAAGGAGCUUGCCAAGCCAAGGCUAAGCAGGUCCCUCAUCACCAACCCCAUCACUGAUGAAACAGAGGCCGUCCCGUACCGCAUCAGCGAGAGUGCUGGGCUGACUGGGUACGAACACCCAGUGGUGGACAAGAUCAACCAGAGGAUUGAAGACCUAACAGGUCUGGAGAUGGACACUGCUGAGGAGCUGCAGGUUGUAAAUUACGGUGUGGGAGGGCAGUACGAGCCCCACUUUGACUUUGGGAGGAAAGAUGAGCCUGAUGCAUUCAAAGACCUGGGCACAGGCAACCGCAUAGCAACUUGGCUCUUCUACAUGACUGAUGUUGCUGCUGGAGGUGCUACAGUAUUUCCUGAUGUAGGGGCUGCUGUUUGGCCCAAAAAGGGUACAGCGGUGUUCUGGUACAACCUGUUUCCCAGUGGGGAGGGAGACUACAGCACAUUACAUGCUGCCUGUCCUGUACUAGUGGGCAACAAGUGGGUAUCAAACAAAUGGAUCCAUGAAAGAGGACAGGAGUUCAGACGUCCCUGUGGUCUGGUAGAGACCGAAUGAUGAAGGGGGACGUCCCCCCCCCCCACACACACACACACACACAACACACCACACACACUGUGUUCUUUAUCAAAGUCAAACACGUUUGCUGCAGUCUGUCAUUUACCCUGUACAACGUCAUUACUGUGGAACCAGUGUAUGUACAUUUGGGGGAAAUCGUUUUCCAACUGAAUGGAGGGUUGUAGAGGGUCUAUCAGGGAGCUGUGAGUCCAUUCAUAAGACUGCAGUGGCUGGAAGGAGUUCCAGCACAGGAGCUAACUUCUUCCUAUACAGUGACACAAGAAUUACUACUUUUCAGAAAUGAACUGCUGUGAAGAAUUAUAGCAAGUCCGCAACUAACUGCCAUUUUAGU